CCUAAAUCAGAUCCAAUCGCCCCCUCAUCCCAUCGCACUCCUCCCUCGUCCCCAUCUCCCCGCCGCCGCCGCUGCCACCGCCGGACCCGUCCUCGCCUCCCACCACCACCCCUCUUCCUCGUAUUCUCCGGGCAUCGACGCCGCCCCUGCCUCUCAGGAGGAUAGAGGAAGGCCCCGCCGCCGCCACGCUCCUCCGUCUCCGAGGCCAUGGAAGGGGCGGGAGGGCCCGUGGCCGCGCAUCUACACCGGGACAUGGCGGCGGCGCGCGCGACGUGCGAGCGGCGGAUCGCGCAGUACCAUGCCCGCACCAUGGCCACCUCUGCCUUCUCCGGCGCCGUCCUCUCCAGCCGCUCGCUCGCCGAGCACAGCGUCGCGCACCGAGGUGUACAUCAAGAACCAGAAGACAAGGGCGUACUCCAAGCAUUUCCAAGUCCAGUUCAAGAGAAGGCGAUGGGGAAGACCGACUACAGGGCCAGGCUGAGCCCAACCAGGACAAGAACAAGUACAAUACCCCAAGUACUGUUUUGUUGUGCGAUUUACCAACAAGGAUGUUACUGCCCAAAUUGUUUACGCUACCAUUGCUGAUGAUGUCGUAAUGGCCGCUGCCUACUCCCAUGAGUUGCCUUGCUAUGGUCUUGAAGUUGGCCUCACCAACUAUGCUGCAGCCUACUGCAGUGAUCUGCUUUUGCGCCAUAGAAGGUCGUUCCCCUGCUCCCUCCUCUGCCUUCCCUCAUCAUGGGCAUGUAGAUCCCCUUACAGAUUUCCAAAUUUUAAGGAGGCUAUAGGCAUGGGGAAUUUCAUGGAGGGGCAAUUGGUUUAUAAUUUCAGACACUACUACUUACUACCUUCAAUCAUAUAGACGAGCUUGGUCAUACUAUUAGUUAGUUGUUGUGCUGGUAGAUUUAAUUCGAUUCCACCUAUAUUCAACCACAAAUAUAUGCCUGCUAGUACAACUACUGCAACAAUGGUGUCACUGAACUGAUUUAAUUCAGGUUCCAGGACAGCUGCUAGUUUGAACCAUGUUAUAGGAACGGUCAGUUUCAUUUUAUGGAUGGUUACUUGCAUAGCUAUGCCACUUCCUGCACUAUGACACUUAAUCCUUAUUAGCACACGACUCAUGUAUUUAAGUCUAGUACUUUUCAUCAUUGCACAUUACUUCCCAUGUACUACUUGUAUAAUUGAUAACUCACGGCGUUCCCUGAUUGCAUGUUGCUUUCUCUGGUAGCAACAAUGCAGGAGUAAUGGCAACCCCUUUCUCCCUCUCAAAGGAUGGCAUCGAGAUGCAGUUUGCAACUAACCAUAUAGCGUGCAAGAAUUUCCCUCACUCGCGGCAUUUAUGUUUCGAAUUGCCCUUUAGCACCACUGCUCACCCGAAGCAUUGUGGAAUG